AGGUUUGACUUCCUUUCCUGAAUAUCUGGUCUUGCACAUGCGAAAAUUCGUCAUGGAGGAAGGCUGGGUGCCAAAGAAACUUGAUGUCUAUGUAGAUGUCCCUGACAUCAUUGACAUACGUAAUAUGCGCAGUAAUGGUCUUCAACCCAGGGAAGAGCUAUUACCUGAGACUGCUGCUGGAGAUGGUGAGGAAUCUCCGAAGCUUUUGGCUGAUGAGGUUAUUGUUGCACAACUUGUUUCAAUGGGAUUUAAUUAUCUGCAUUGUCAGAAGGCUGCAAUCAAUACUUCCAACUGUGGAGUUGAGGAAGCAAUGAACUGGUUGCUUGCUCACAUGAAUGAUCCAGAUAUUGAUUCUCCAAUAUCCCAAGAUGUACAAACUCCACAUAUUGAUCGAUCAAAAAUUGAUACACUGGUUUCCUUUGGUUUUGAAGAGGAACUUGCUUGUAGGGCGCUGAAGGCAUCAGGUGGUAAUGUUGAGCAAGCAGCUGAAUGGAUAUUUAGCAAUCCUAGUGCUUCUGCUGCAUCAGAUAUGGAUGUUACAACUAGUAGUGGAGCUGCGGUCGAUACCUUGCUGCCUGAUGGAGGAGGAAGAUACAGGCUCCUUGGAUUGGUGAGCCACAUUGGUACCUCUACCCAUUGUGGCCAUUAUGUAGCUCAUAUUCUCAAGGAUGGUAGGUGGGUGAUUUUUAAUGAUGAAAAGGUCGGGAUUUCGAAAAAUCCGCCCCUCGACAUGGGAUACUUGUACUUCUUUGAAAGACUGGAGAGUUAAAGAUGGAGUUCAGGGCAGGUUAGAUGAAUGUUAAAAAACAGGGCGGAGGACCCGGUAACUUGGUGGAAUUGUUGCCAGCAGGUUGAAUACAUACAACAGUUUUCGCACAUAUGCUGAUCAUGCAUCAUUUUAGCGAGAUUACAUCCCAUUAGCUGAACUUUGAUCAUUCGCUGGAUUUUAAAGUAUUAGCCUUACAUAUUUGUGGAAAAUUUUGAAUUUUGAUUUUCUUCUGGUUCAUAUAAUUCUGUUCUAUGCUUUUUUUACUUUAUCUUUUCCUCUCCCUUGAUCUAAGGUUUGAUUUUUCCAGGAGAAUGAAGAGUUAAUUGUCGGGUUUUAGGUA